GUGCGUUGGGUUGAGGUUGUGGCCUCUGGGAUGUGUUGUUUACGUUCCGGCGACCGUAGGUCCUAUGAAGCCCAGAUUAUGUGUAUCACAUCACUGAACUUUAUUUCGUAAUGUCUCCGGACGAAGAGCUCAGCCAUCUCUCUGACGAAGAGUAUCUCAUAUUCCGUGCCAAAGAACAGCAGAAGAAAGAUCCAUGUGCAGCGAAAUGUUGGAUGAUAACAGCCCAAGCUCUCUUUCCCAAGAAUUUUGGGAUUCAGUUCGAAGUGUACCAGAUUGAGAAGGCUGCUAAGAAUGUGAAGGAGGCAGCAAAAUGCCUUGGUGUAUUGUUAAGAGAGUUUGCCCCAGAACCGGUGCUUUGGCGAGAAGUCGAUACCAUCACGUCAGCUCUACGCCAGAGCGCUCCAGACUCUCAGAAUUCAUUCCUCACUUAUCUCUUCAAUAUGCUACCUAAAGAUGUUCAGCUUGGAAUGGUGUUGUCAGCUGCAGAACGUUCACAGGAUACGAUGACUCGAUGUCGCCUCAUGCUUCUCUUGACUACUACCUUCCCUGAGACCACUGCACACCACGGGUUACAAUUAGUGGAGAAUUUGCUUGCUGCUGAGAAGCAUUGCCCUGGACCCCUCAAUCCAUUCAGACGGAUGCUUGUGUGUGAUCUGUUGCCAAGACUGCUACAAACUCGCGGGUUGGAGGUGCGGCCUAAGACACUCUAUAGUCUUCUCUCUAGGGCAAUAGAGUUUUAUGUGGCAUAUGUUACCACUCCACCCAAAGUGAUGCAGGGUGUCCUUGAUGGCGAUGGAAAGAUUGAUGACCCUUGGCAACAGCUCUUCAUUGUUGUCCAGUUAAUUGGAUGGAAUCUUGGGUGGGACUUGGCAUCAGGGUUCCAGAAUACCAGUAACAGGGAAGUUAUCCUACAAAGAAUCCAGAGUCUGGUAGAAGGAGGUGCUCGGUUAGGAGGGCCUAAGGGUGAGGGAGGUGAGGAUGUGCGUGAGGUUCUCUACACGACACUCACUGUCUUUCUUCAUGCUCUCAUGGAUUACACCAAGCGUCUGUAUCCAGAUUUUAAUCAAGAAAACAGCACAUCAACAAGUACACCUCUGACUUUAGUGGAAGCGUUUAUCUUUCCCGAGUGUGAACGUGAAGAGUCGGUCAUUGUACCUCCUAAACGUUCCCGACCUUCCUUGGAUGAGGAUCCUACCAUUCCCAUUAUUACAGUAAGCCGACCUACUGUUGCUGGUCAGGUUGCUGCACCAGUCAGUGGAGCUGUGGUGGGGAUGUCUGUCAAUACACCUGGAGGCAUUGCAGCUGGUGGACUCUCGCAGGCACUAACAACUGCCAUUAAAUGCUGGGACCUUCUUAACUCAUAUGAACAGUUGCGUGCAGAAUUUGUGAGGCUGUUGGAAAGUCUUGGCACUGAUCGCUGGUGGUGGCUGAGAGUGUUUACAGUGGAUGUCCUGAUAUACCAAGGAAGGCUUGCCGAGGCUGCUCGGGAGCUGCGACACACACUCAGUCAUCGUGCUCAUACACUCCCCACAACUUUCAUUAGCACUAACCUAAAAUUAGCAUCUGUCCUUUAUGCCCUAAAUAAUUUAUCAGGUGCAGCUGAAGCAGUACUAGAAGUUGUAGGUCAGCUGCCUGGCUGGGUUGGUAUUGGUGGACUGGCUGGGGAUUUGUGUGUUCCUGCUGCUUCUAAUCGCCGCCAUCUUCAUGUGUUGGCACUCACUCGUCCUCAAUGCCUUCAGUUUGCUACAACUCUUCUCAUACAUGCUCUCAGGCAACGAAUAAUUGUGGACAGACACAUGGAUGAUUUAUGCAUUGGUCAUCUGAUUACACUUUUACAGUAUGAGUGGCCUAAGUACAUGAGCACUUUUGAAGAAAUUUUGACAAUCAUUAGGAAACAAGGAGGCUUUUCCUACCCUCUUUUCUACAGCUACAUCACCACACCAGAUAUCUUGGAGGAAUUUAUGUUCCUGGCUACCAAAGAAGGUGGAAAUUUACAGAUGGACAUUAUACCCAUAAAUCACAACAACAAGCAACAAAGAACGAUAUCUACCCGUGGUGUGGACCGAGACCUCAAGCAUGAUUUCAAGAUGGGGAUGAAAAAAUUGAUGUUGCGCAGUUCAGAACCCAUCGAAGGAAUCAUCAUUACUUUUUUAACUCGUGAAGGAACACUAGUGCAUCAAAAUCUCAUGUGAAGAUGGAUUCCAAAUUCUCUGCACAGCUCUUCCUUUUGUCUCAUGAUAAUGUAUUCUUAAUAAAUUUACUAUAAAUAUUA